GUCGCUCCAAUCCAAAAGUUUUCUUCCCAAUCAUCAUACAAGUCUACAUUCACUGCUUCCCCCUUCUCUCUCUCUUCCUCCAUGUUCUUCUUCUAUCACCUAUAACUAAUUCUAUAAACACUAUAUCAUCUCAUGUCACUUUUACCUGUCAUUCUUUGAAAUUCAUCUACCAAAUUCCUUUUAUGAAUACAUAGUUGAACUUCACUGCAUUCAUCUCAAGGUCAAAGUCAAAGGCAAUCCAAUCUUGAAUAUUUAAGAAAGUUCUUGGAGAAGAAAGAACUAGUUUCUUGGAGAAAGUUCUUCCAAUAUGAAUCCUCAUGGUCGAGUGAAGGAAGAGUUUCUUGGAGAAAGUUCUUCCUUUGAUCAAAAACCAUUCAUGGUUGUUCCCCAACCAAUCGAGGGGCUUCAUGAAACUGGUCCUCCUCCAUUCCUCACAAAAACAUACGACAUCGUUGAUGACCCUUCCACAAACCAUAUUGUUUCCUGGAGCAAAGGGAACAACAGCUUCAUCGUGUGGGAUCCACAGGCCUUUUCCAUAGCCCUUCUCCCCAAAUUCUUCAAGCACAACAAUUUCUCCAGUUUUGUCAGGCAACUCAACACCUAUGGGUUUAAAAAGGUUGACCCAGAUAGGUGGGAGUUUGCUAAUGAGCUGUUUCUUAGAGGGAAAAAGAUUCUUCUGAAGAGCAUUAGAAGGAGGAAAGCAAAUCACCAAUCUCAGGCGAUGCAGCAAGAUGAUGUUGAGUCUUGUGUUGAGGUGGGGCAGUUUGGUUUAGAUGAAGAAGUUGAUCGGUUGAGGCGUGACAGGCAGGUUCUGAUGGUGGAGUUGGUGAAACUCAGACAACAGCAACAAAACACCAGAGCUCACCUUCAAGCAAUGGAAGGAAGGCUCAAGAGGACUGAACAGAAACAGCAACAAAUGAUGAAUUUCUUGGCCAGGGCUAUGCAGAAUCCCAACUUCGUUCAACAAUUGGUUCAGCAAACGGAGUGGAGAAAGGAGCUUGAGGAAGCUUUUUCCAAGAAGAGGAGGAGACCUAUUGAGCAAGGGCCUAGUGAUGUUGUUGAAGUAGGUGACUUAGGUUGUGCUGAAGAGUCCUCAACUUUCGUUAAACUUGAACCUCGAGAGUGUACUGACAAGAUAUUAGAGUUUGAAGUACCUGAUCUGGACUUUUAUUCUUUGAAUCUUGAGGAGAGUAGUGGAAGCCAAAAGAGAACGGAGGAAGACCAUAUCCAACUUGAAAGUAGAGAUAAUGAUAUUGAUGAAGUGUUUUGGCAAGAUUUGCUUAAUGAGGGUAUUAAACAUCAAAGUGUUGAAGAUGUAGAUGUAUUGGCUGAGCAACUUGGUUAUUUAGCCUCUAGUCCUAAUAAAUAGGUUGGUGCAUAUAUUCAUUGCUUCAUUGAACUAUAACUGGAUAUGAAGCGGUGUAUAUCUCCUUAAGUCAUUAGAUAUAUAUACUUUCUAACCAGUUUUUGUGUUGAUACAUGAUAUACUCGAGAUGAUAAACUCAAUCCCUUCCUUGUGAGAGUUAAUUUAGUGGCCCAAAUUUAAAGCACGUGGUUAUCAAGAAAUGAGUACCUUUGAAGAUAGUUAGCUAAAAUGCAAUUAAUGGGGUGGUUGUUCUCCUUGUUUCUCAAUUAUUCUAUUUCAAUGUUAACUUUAUAUUACACCAUAACCUGUUUCGGAGUUAGUAAUGGUGUUUUCAAUUUCAAGAUGCCACACCAUCUUUUAAAGGGUUUUUGGUACCAUGCAGUACAAGGGAGAAGGUCACAUCUGGGAUCAAGUUAGUACUACUACUAUGUUCUCAUAAGUUUUAUGGUAACUGGUGGUAGUAAUAACGUAUAUAUAGACCUGCAAUUUUUUUGGGGGUGGAUAUAUAUAUUUUUCUUUUUAGAGUAUUGAUCAGGUGUUUUUUGUUAAUUAGUUGUAGCGU